UUAUUAUUAUUAUUAUUAUUUAUUUUUUGCAUACAAAAAAUCAUACAAAAUAUAGACAAGCUUCCACAUUCAAUAUGCUAUGAUUUUGUAUUUAUUUAUUUAUGGCAACAAACUCCUAAUCUAGAUGUACAUUGCAUGAGUCAUCUUGGGUGCUUUUAAUAUGCAAAUUUCACUUAAUAAUGAGAUCCUUCAUCAACCAAUCAAACCUUUUAUCACACUAAAUUAUUACUUUUGUUUUGUUUUACUUCCCCCUUUCCAGGCCAACUUUGCCUGAAACUUGGGGCAGGAUUUUCAAAAGGUUGUAAAUAAGAACUCUAGUGUUAGUCAGGAAACCGGUAUGUAGCAUUGAUUUUGGCGGUCGUUAUGCCUAUCUCGUUAUUAAAUAAUUGUCCAAAUGUGAUUUCCGAAAUUAUGUUGAUUUAUCAAUAUACAUAGAUGGCUUACUGUAUUUUUUUUUUCUUUUUAACCAAAAAAGGAUUGCAAAAUGCACAUUAAAAGAGUUUUCUAGAGUAAGCUAUGGCAAAAUAUCCCCCCGAAAGAGGCAGCAGUGUGGAGUAGUGGUUAGGGCUCUGGACUCUUGACCAGAGGGUUGUGGGUUCAAUCCCCAGUGGGGGACACUGCUGUUGCACCCUUGAGCAAGGUACUUUACCUAGAUUGCUCCAGUAAUAAUCCAACUGUAUAAAUGGGUAAUUGUAUGUAAAAAUAAUGUGAUAUCUGUAAAAUGUGAAAUAAUGUGAUAUGUUGUAAUAAUUGUAAGUCGCCCUGGAUAAGGGCGUCUGCUAAGAAAUAAAUAAUAAUAAUAAAGAGGGUAAAUGACUAGUGGGGUUUAAUAUUUAUUUAUUUUUUAAUCCGUACCGUCCGAUUUUUACACACACACCAGGUAAUCAGCAUUUUCUAUGUGAAGUGUUCUAAAUAAAUUCUCCCUGUACGCUAGUUGUUUCCAUAACAGCGAAUUAUGCUUCCAUCCAUUCUUCUUGAUCUCGUUAACAUACAUUUUCAUUAACGAGUUUCCCUUAUCUAGUAGUUGCCUGGUGGAAUUUUUGACUUAUUGACCAUUAAGAGUCCCGAACAGGAGUUAGUCAUCAAACACAUCACUAUUAAAGACGACACUGGAACCAUGUGAGCGCCAGAUAAUUGUACAUGUCAGUCUGUGAAAGGUGCGGACCAAGUCUCAAACUUACAGUAUCUACCUCUAUGAUAUACUGAUAUAUAUUCCAAGCUUCACAAUGAAUCUUAGUGCCCUGAUUUACUUCAUGUUAGAAGAUUCCCUUACUGAGUUCUGCUCAUAUCUAUGCCGGUCUUAUUCCUAAUAUCCUGUCAGCCUUGCAGGCUUUCGAAGAAAAGCACUGAUUUCUUCCCUUCGUUGUGCCCAUGGCUCAUUUGAAAACCAACAUGCAUGCUUGAAGGGUAAUGUUUCACAAAUACCUUCAAACUAUAUACAGAACAGCUCUCCAUUCCAAGCUGGAACAGCCCUUAAUAGUCAGGACAGGUUUCAAAAUGUUUGAAUGCAUACUUCUAAAUGUCCUAUUGUUAAAAUACAAAGAGUAAAAGGGAUUUGCUGUAUUUUGUAAACAGGGGCUGAAUCUUGCGUAUAUGUAGAGUUGAUACUGCCUGUCAAGCACAGUAUUGGAGAAGACAAAACAAGUAAAAAGCUUGUAUAAUUUUUUUGUGCAAAAUUUUCAAUAGAGUUUUUAUUUUUUUAAGUCAAUGUUACGCAGUCAGAAUUGUAGGCUGAUGGUAAUACACUGUAUUAUCUGGCACUGACUCUGCUUGGGUCUGAGUUUACUUUCCCAUGCUGGGAGGUACCAGUGUGUCAGAUAUACUGUACUGAGGUAACCUUUGGAUCUCAGCCAGGGAUCACAUUGUGCAACUGUUUCUUUAAGACAAAAUGUAUUGCCAUGCAAAUAAAUAGGACACCUGUCUUAAAACUACCUAAUGGCAGGGUGCGUGCAUCCCAAGUUCCAUCCCCCCAAAAAAUGACAUUUUAUAAGUUUACUUUAAGCGGAAUUUGCACCAAAACAAAUUAUAUUUAUAAAUGUUAUAAAUUAUAAAUGUUCAAGGAAAAAUAUUGUCAUAACUGUCUCCAUUACUUUAAACCUUCAGUAUAGACUAGACUUUUUUUUUUGCUCAAUUACUGCUCUGUUGAGUUGCAUCCAGAAGACUGAGAUUAGGGUAAAAGUAAAUAUUUCUGGUCAUUUUCACCUCUGUUAAUAAAUACUGCACUUUGGAAGACCUCAGCAAAUUGUUCCUAUCUGUCGGUGAUAUUUCCUACUCUGUCACGCCCUUGUUUCUGGCAUUGUAUUCUUACCUGGCCUGUUGUUACCUGUCAGAGGAUUGAGGAGUUUAUGUUAGGCGUGUAAAGUGAGGUUACAGCCCCUUUUCCAUUGUGGCCUGAAGGAUACGGAGAGUAUGUAACCACUCAAGGGUUAUCCUGCUUUUGACAACAAUCAUUGGGUUUCCAUGCGGGUCAAUUUGCAUGUGAAAUGGCGGUGUGUGUGCACGUUUGGGAGAAUUACUCGUGUAAGUCAGGUUUGUGGCUGAAAAAAACGGCAAAAGAGAGGGAUGGGGUAAAUCUCAUUUACUCGUGUAAAUGAUGAAACACACUGGAAAAUCCACGCCCAGUUUCGCAUGGAAACCCAGUUGGCGGUUGGCUUUUUUUAUUAUUGUUUUUUGCUGUGUCUGGACUGUCAUGUUGAAUAUCUCUUGUGGGUUUACAGUUCUGUAUAAAACCACUUACCAUGAACUGCGUUAUGCCCUUAUUAUAGUAUUACACAGCUGUUUGAGAAAACCCUUGCUGUAAAAACUAUGCUAAAGUUAAACACGAAGAGCAAGUGAGCUGCUUAAAUGUAACUGAAUUCAUUCCCGUCCUUUUUUUGAUCCGAGCUAUGUCCAAAGACAACGCGUGUCUGCCCUCCACGUUAAUAAAUAUAGUUGGUGAACUGGAUGUGAUGAGCCGGCUCGAUCACCCAAAACAGCUCAACUUGCUGAUGUUUCACGAGCAACGGUGUCUAAGGUGAUGUCGGCAUGGAACUCCGAGGGAAAGACAUCAUCAGCAAAGGGCAACUGUGGGCGGAAGCGCAUACUCCAGGAUCAUGGUAUCCGUGGAUUAAUUCGAAGUGCAAGGCAAAACAGGCAAGCAACUGCAGAUCAACUGACUGCAAAUUUCAACCUAGGGCGCGAGCAGCCAGUGUCAUCAAAAACUGUCCACCGAGAACUCCACCGCCAGUUUUCAGACAUGGUGAUCUGCAAUACCUGUUGACGUGGGGAAUUGUGUAAAACCAGAAUGGAGCUCUCUUGCUUCCCUUGCUGGGCCGUUCUCCUUCAGGUCCUCCUAAUCAUUAUCAUGGCAGACUCUGGAAUGACCAGAAAUAUCAACUUUCACAACUUUUCCCCACCAGUCGAUCCAGCAACCCCCUUCCCAAACAGCUUCAAGUGUUUCACCUGUGACCACUCAACAGACAAUUACAAUUGCAACCGAUGGGCUGAAGAUAAAUGGUGCCCCCUACAUACAAAUUACUGCAUGACGGUGCAUCACUUUACCAGCCAGGGGAGGAGCAAGUCUGUCACUAAGAGAUGUGCCGUGAAGGCAGACUGCCACGCUGUGGGUUGCCGCCACCACAGGGACACAGGGCACACAGAAUGUAUCUCUUGCUGUGAGGGGAUGGUGUGCAAUGUGGAGGUCCCUACAAAUCACACCAACGCAGUGUUUGUCAUCAAGCAGUCUCGUAGCUCAUCGGGGGCCAUGGCCAGGACGUUGAGCUCUGCAGCUUUCUCACUAACAUUUCUUACUGCUUUGCUGCUUUCAUGACAUGUAUGAGACGUCUUGAGUCCACAAGAACAAGAAGAAUUAUCUUCAGUGCACGCAAAACUCUCCAAGAAGAAACUACUGUAUGAAGGAAAACUUGGCAUGGUACGUGAUAUAUGGACUGCUGGAUCAUUACAUGCAUAUACAGUGUCUUAUCGGGGCUGCAUCCAGGAAAAAUAACCACUGAAGGAUACAAACUGGCUAUUAACCAAGGAAUUACAAUACCCAAGUGACUGAAGUUGAAAAUGUCAACUAAUUGUAUUUGGCCUUAGGCAGUCUUACAUUUGUUAUUCAACGUGUUAACAAUGCAUGGCUGCUAUUUUAGAAAAUUAUGUUCAUUUUACAAGUCUUCUUGAGCCCUUGGGUGUCAGGAGCUUAUUACCAACAUACAGUAACAUAAGAGACACUGGGUUACUCAUCCAACGAUGGGAAGGUGAGUCCAGCAAAAUGUAGCACGUGAAGACUGAUGGACUGUUGCUAUGGAGGACUUCUGGAAUGAACUGUAUUUGAUGCACAUUUCUUCAAAUUACUUUUUCUACACUUUCCUCAAAGUUAUUUGUAUACUAUUUGAGGAAUCAACGACUCCAUCAAUUAUAAAAUUGUAGAUGGUGCAUCUACUUCUGUAAUUGACAAUUGCUUUAUGUAGGCCUGUAUGUAUGUGUGUGUGUGUAUAUAUAUAUAUAUAUAUAUAUAUAUAUAUAUAUAUAUAUAUAUAUAUAUAUAUAUAUAUAUAUAUAUAUAUAUAUAUAUAUAUGCACACAUACAUAUAUAUAUAUAUAUGGGUCUAAAGGGGAAAAGUCAAAUGGCAUUUAGCACUUCCUUAAUUUCAAAGAAACUAUGUAAUUAUGGCAAUGUGCAGUGUGCAGUGUUAUAUGUUUAAAUAUAAUAUUUUUUAAAUAUAUAAAAUCAGAACAGAAAUCAGAACUGUAAUAUUUGUAUAUUGAUCUAGUAUUUGCAAUUCAUCCAAAUUCCCAAAAUAGCACAAGAUAGCAUGCACAGUACUUAGUAAGCUGUAAAUGUUUGGGAGGAGGGUUUGUAUUAUAGCUGAAACACACAAGGGGGGCCAUGUUUUUCUUGCUUACUAGCAAAUAGCUCAGUUUCACAGCCAACGCAUAUGUAAAAUAUAAUAUCUCUACUACUGGUAUUAUAAUGCACAGGGUUGGGGGCACUUUCACAGCCCAAACCAUAUCAUCAUCAGGUAAAGUAAAAAUGGACUGGCAACAGAAACAAUUCUUCAUUUGUUGACAAGCUUACUGUAACCCAAACCUGUUUCCCUUUGUACAUAUUUUAUAAAAAAAAAAAAAAAUAAAAGUGUUUAUUUUCUUCUGAUGGCUAAA